AUGUCCUUCGAAUCCCCCCUUCCUCCCUACAACGCCUCCGAUCCCAGCGCGCAGUUCCUCAACUCGUCGUGUCUGGAUCUGCUGAUGAUAGAGCUGGUGCCGUUGGCUUGGCGGGUGGUUAGGGAUGUGGAUUUAAAGGAUACGACGACUACGAGUACAGCUGGGAAUAGUGUGGCUGGAGGGAAUGUAGGAGGGAGUGCGAAAGGAGGGAGUAUUAGUGGUGGUGGAGCGGGAGGGAAUAGUAUAGGUGGAAACGAAGGCACGAAAGGCGAGGAAGAGGAGCAGGAGGAGAGAGACGCGGUGUUUUAUCGGUUGGAGAUGUUGGGGUAUAGGGUUGGUCAGGGAAUGGUGGAACGCUUCUCCAAAGACCGUCCCCGCUUCACAGACACGCUCGACGUGAUUAAAUUUCUCUGCAAAGACCUUUGGAUGUUGGUAUUUCGGAAACAGAUUGAUAAUUUGAAAACGAAUCACAGAGGCGUCUACGUACUAACAGAUAACUCAUUCCGUCCAUUCUCACGAAUGAGUACAGAAGCAGGAGGACAGGCUGUCGUGAGAGCACAACCUUUCCUCUGGUUCCCCUGCGGUAUAAUCCGCGGCGCCCUAGCCAGCAUGGGCAUCAACGCCACCGUCGGCGCUGAGACCUCAGAGUUACCGGGCGCGACUUUUCAGAUUAAGAGUUUGAGUACGAAGGCUUGA